AUGCCUCGUUCACCUUCACCUGGGCGAGAUCGCUCUCGAUCACGAUCACCCCCGCGACACUCACACUCCAAGAAAGCCAAGGAAUUGUCAUUUUACAAGAAACCAUCACAUUCCGUAGGCUCAUUCUCCUCUCGACGAGAUCCACUGGAUGAGGAGCCUACUGCUAGAGAAAGAGCUGAGAGGAGAGAAAGGGGUGAAGUCCCCGGAAGGUUCGGUGGAACUCGAGAACAAGGAGUUAGGAACACUAUGGGUAAUCUUGGAGGAGGUGGAGACGCAUCCACUAGUUUAGGUAGCUUGGGAAGGAAAGAAGAUCCUCUCGAUAGAAUGGGAGUCAAGGGUGCCGAUAGAAGAGAUGAUAAAGACAGAGACAGAGACAGAGACAGAGGCGAUUAUAGACGAGAUAGAGAUAGAGACGAAAGGGGAGACAGACGCGAUAGAGAUAGAGAUAGAGGGGGAGAAAGAGAUGGCCGAAGGGAAGAGAAGAGAAGGGAACCUCCUUCUGGACCUUCAGGCGCUUCAGGCGGACCACCACAAAGACCGCCUGCCGCCGCACCAACGUCAGCACCUUCACUAGCAUCAAUGCGAUUCAUAGAAGUGAUAGCGAACGAUCGAAUGGGACGUAAAGUUCGAGUGAAAUGUUUAGCAACGGAUACAGUAGGAGAUUUGAAGAAACUGAUAGCUGCUCAAACUGGUACUACGGCACAAAAGAUUCAACUGAAAAAAUGGUAUACGAAUUUCAAAGAUCACGUCUCAUUGCAGGAUUAUGAGAUAAACGAUGGUAUGAGUUUGGAAAUGUACUAA